AUGCGCAGUAUCCGUAGUCUCAUGUCAAUCCACGUCCAACAAGCCAUGUUGGCCUGCCGCCAGAUAAAGUGCCCUUAUUUGGGCGGGACCAGAAUCAGCCACACACUGCACAUCAUCUCAUCUCCGACACAGGGUUGCUAUCAAGACUGCCUGCGCCUCUGGUUCGGUGGACACGUGCUCCACGAUCUGGCAGUUACAUACUGGUGGUACCUGCAUUAUUCGUUGGUCGAUUGCGGUAACUUACAGAAAUAA